AUUCAGAACAUAUUGAUGUUAAAAGGUUUCAGCGGAAGAGACUAAAGACUAAAUGGAUCCAUCAACAAAUAAAAUCACAUGAUCAUUAUUCAAAUAAAAAUCUAUGAAUCUACUGACGACGCAUAAUCCAUCUAGAGAGAUUAGAGAGCACACAAAGACAUUAAGCUUAGUCUGUAUACUCUAAAUAGCAAUACAUAUAAGAUUAGAGAAAGGGGAAAUCUUUAAUGAAAAUAUUUAUUUCAAAUAUACUUAAAAUCCCUUGUUGCCGAGUCCAAUCUGGAUGCAUUAUUCCAUUCAAAAUGGAUUACAAAUAUAUAUAUAUACCAUUUAUUAAAUAGUUCUAUAUAUUUCAAGGACAACAAAGUUAUAAGAACAUGUCUGGGGAAAGACCACACAAAAGCAAAUAAAUUUGGAAAAGGAGGUAUUUAAACUGAGAGGAACAAUGAUGUUUAUAUACACAAUGCCGAGUAUUACUCAUGCAGAUAUGUAAACUACAGUAAAAAUGAGAACACUAAUUGGAGAGUUUGCAGGCAACACCUCUGCACAUGGUUGGGGCAAAGCCUCACAAACUACAUCUAAGUUAGCUAAAGCUGCAUGGAUAUUCACUUCCUCAGCAUGCAGUAUUGUGGCGUUGUUUCUAAUCAUCAAGGUUGUUAUCAAAUAUUGCGAGUUUAACACAAAGGACAGUAUAAGAGUCUCAAAGGAUGAGGCUGUUUUCCCUUCAGUAACAGUAUGCCCUUUAACUCCUAUUUCAAGGAAAGGUAUGGCGACUUUUCGGAAAGAACUAGCAGAAAAUAACAGUGCAAUAGAUUCAAUGUUAUAUUAUAAUAACUUUCUUUAUGUGUUGGGACAAUACAAUUUGAACAUUUCAAGCCUACAGAAUGCGAGUGAAGAGCUACAGCUGCUAUACAAUCAGUCUUAUAAAAGACUCCAUACCAAUGCAGGAUACUAUGAAAAUUAUCAACAGUCUGAAAGGUUGAGAUACACCAUUAAACAAAAGGACUUCAUACCAUCUUGCAAGUACCAAAGUGAAGUGUGCUCGGAAGAACUAUACCAUAGUGGCCACCAUGAACAUUUCAACUGUUUCACAUUUAAUGGACCUUUGUCAAAUAUCUCCAGUUUGGACGUUGAUAGUGGACCGAGCGCUGGCUUGUCUUUAAUCCUCUAUCUGGAUAUUGAUUUAGAGCAUUCAAGUUUCUACGACCCAGAUUACCCGACCAGUGGCAGUCAAGGUGUUCGGGUUGUCAUCCAUGAACAAGGAACAUGGCCAGACCCAGAGAAUGAUGGUUUUGAUAUAAAAGCAGGGAAUUCUGUCAAUGUUGCAUUAUCCUCAGAAAGACGUGAGCUGAUGGGUCAACCCUGGGGCGACUGUGCAGACCACAAUGACAUAAAAUAUGAUAGGUGGAAAUAUAGCACAAAAGCUUGUCUACUGACCUGUAUACAGAGGCUGGGUUUUAAAAGGUGUGGAUGCAUACGAGGUUCACUACCAGUUGAUGACAAAACUAAAGAUGUUGAAUUUUGUGCAAAUAUACAAUCACGGGAAUGGCUGAAGAGUGACCCGAAUGUCACACUUCUCAGGCAGGACUUGAAUCAACUGAAUUGUUCCUUACAAGAAUAUUCCUUGUCAGAUAUUCUUGCGCAGGAAGGCUGCGAAUGUAAGGAAAAUUGUAAAAUUGACAAAUAUGACAUCAUGUUAUCUGAUUCAGAAUGGCCAAUGAAGGGUAUUGAGUUUCAUUUUUAUUGCGAUAUGAUAAUGAAGCUUGGCAAUUAUAAUGAAAAUUCUAGUAUUUAUCAGGCCUUUCAUGAUAGAGUAGCUUCAAAUUGUUCAUCCUUAGCAUAUGAUGUUGAAAGAAAAAAGAUUAUAAACAAGGAUAUAGGAAAAGAUUUGCGAGAACAAUUUCUCCGAUUGAACGUUUAUUUCAAAGAUUCAGACACAAAGGUAACAACUCAAACUGAGGAUUUUUCAAUCGGUUCAAUGGUUUCUGAAAUUGGUGGAAGUUUAGGUUUGUUAAUUGGAAUGUCAGUGAUUUCUAUAAGUGAAGUCUUUAUUUUAUGCUUAGGUAUUUUGGCCAUUCUGAUACGUAAAUCCAAAGCACAAACAAAGGUAGAAACUUUUAAAGAUAAAAUGGAAUACCCAUGAUUUUAAUCUCAAUAAAUGGUGCCAAUUAAGGUCACUUUAUAUAUUCUAUAUCAUGCUUUUGAAAUAGUUUCAUUAUUGAACCAGUUCAGGCCAGUAGCCAGGAUUUGCCAAGUUUUGGGUUCAGUUUUCAAAAAUUUCCAGGGGGGGUUCACAUUUGACAAUUUUGCCCAAAUAUGGCUAAAAUCACUUGAGAAGUGCUAAAACUGGUGUAAAACUGCCAUUCUGAUACUCAUAGCAUCUUUCUGUUUCACCUGAAACAUGAAUCUCAGAGCUGAGAAGAAAUGAGAUGACAUGGUUUAUCAUGAUGAAAAAUUGCAU